AUGUCUCAAGAAGUAUAUGAGGCCGCAUUGGACUUGCUGCGCAGGUUGGAUGCUAAAAAUAUUUCCAAGCAUCUUACGAAUAUUUGUAAGUUGAACCCUGAUCUUGCGGAGGAUUUGUUAUCAUCUGUUGAUGUCCCCCUUACUACGAAACAAUGUGCGGAAUCAGGGAAACAGUACUUGGCCUGUGAUUACAACAGAGACGGUGACUCAUAUCGUUCUCCUUGGUCAAACAAGUACUAUCCUGCUUUAGAGGAUGAAGAAGAUGCACCUUUCCCUUCAAAAACUCUAAGGGAAGCAGAAAUCUUCGCCAACAGCUCGUUUGACGUAUACAGAGAUUUGUACUUUGAGGGCGGUAUUUCAUCCGUUUAUUUGUGGGAUAUUGAUGAAGACGGAAACGAUGUGUCUAAGGACGGUAAGAUUGGAUUUGCUGGAGUGGUGUUGAUCAAGAAAGAAGUUGACGCUGGAAAGUCUGGAUCUUGGGAUUCAAUUCAUGUUUUUGAGGUGCAACCCAACGAGUCUGGUCCUUAUGCUACUUACAGAAUUACCUCAACCAUCAUUUUAGACCUUUCCGCUGGAAAAAGCGAAGAUCAACUCUUGGAAUUGUCAGGUAAUCUGACGCGACAAACUGAAAAGGAUCUAAAGUAUCAGGAUCUUUCCUCACACAUUUCAAAUGUCGGUAGUAUGGUAGAAGACAUUGAAUCCAAGCAAAGGAACAUGCUGCAGGAGGUUUAUUUUGGUAAGACGAAAGAUGUAAUUGGAGAUUUGCGGACCACAAAAGGCAUAUCCAGUCUUAAAGAAGAAUCAGAGAAGCAAAGUGAAUUGAUCCAAGGCAUGCGUAACUUAUAG